AUGUCUACGGAUGCUGUAUUAAUCUCAUCUUUUACGUUUGCAACAAUGCAAAUCAAUCGACAUGUAGCAUUAUUCGUGCUCUUGUUCGGAACUGUAGGCAAUCUUCUCAAUAUUUGGGUAUUGAGCGAACACUCGUUAAGCGAUAACCCAUGUUCAACUUAUCUCUGGUGGUCUUCUCUUUCAAGUGCAAUUUUUAUUUGGUCAGGAACAUUAACUCGCGUACUCCAAGGCUACAACCUCAAUUGGCCAAAUACAAACCAACCUGUAUGUAAAACUCGACUUUUUAUUUUAACAACAUGUUUUUCCGUGGCUGUAUGGACUCUUGUCGGUGCUAGCAGCGAUCGCUAUUUACGCAGUAGUGCUUUAGUCAAAUUUCGAAAUUUUAGCACUGUUCAAACAGCGAGACGAAUUCUGAUCAUUAUUAUUACUGGUUCUGUUUUAGUAUUCCUAGAAGUUUUCUAUUGUUAUGAAGCAAGUGUGCCUAAUGUUCCUGUUGCUUGUUAUCCUCAAAGUCUACCAUGUCGAUUAUACAAUGAUUGGAUGCUUAUUUUGUUCACUACCGUUAUACCAAGUUGUUUCAUGGCUGUUUUUGGUUCAUUAACAAUUCGAAAUAUUCGAACACGAGUUGUUCAACCAGUAAUGCAUGUUGAAUUUCGAAAUAAUACAGCGAACCAAAACGUACGAUUGCGACUAAAUGAUCGUAAUAUUAAUCAUAUGUUAUUGAUUCAGGUUUUGGUUGUUCUUCUUAUGAACUUACCAGUUACAAUUCAUCGUCUGUACGCAAGUUUAACAGCAAACUUUUCUAAAACUGCUCUUCGUGUAGCUAUAGAAAAUCUAAUUUAUUCUCUGGUUGUUUUAUUUUCUUUUUUCUCUUAUUCAAUAUCAUUUUAUUUAUACAUUCUGACCGGUUCAAUAUAUCGUGCGGCAUUAAAACGUGUUGGUCGCCGUUUAUUACGUCGAAUUGGACUGUUACAUUAA